AGCUAUUAUACCUCCUCAACCCCCACAUGGCAAUUGAAUUGGAGCGUCACCAACUCUUCCAGCUGCGCCCCCAAGGGAUUACAAUCCGAUGGAUGAUUGCAUGUAUCCAGGGAAGUUGGAGUGCAUCCUGCUCUCAGGCUAGAUAACACUCGCACUUCCCACUACUGAAUGAGAAGGUGGGAAAUCAAGUGGUGAGAAGACAAAAAGGACACACAGCUCCUCUACAGUGGACACAGGGCAUUUUCCACCAGGCACAUUUCUUAAUGGAACAAAUGUGGAUUCAUUGGGAGCGGCCAAGCAGGGCAUGGCGUUAAGCAGACUCCUGCUGCUCUGUUCUCUGGUAGCCUCUGAGGUGUGGGAUGCUGAGACCAAACCCAUAGAAUUUGUGUGUAAUAAAGGCGCCAGGAGGACUAUGAAUAUUGUGGCAGAGAUGAGGAGCGCACUGAGUGGCUGCAAUAGCUCGACGACCCUCUCCACACCUGUUCAGCUACCCUGUACUGGGCUUCAUGUAGCAUCUUGGGAAAACAAAUCACACCAGGAGAAGAGAGGAGAUAUAGUUGCAUCCUUGAGGCUUCUUAUUGAAGGCGUGAAGGUUGUGAGGGCCUCAAGCCAGCCAGGAUGUGUCAGUUCGCUACUGCAGAGACUGGAGAACAACAUCAACAACUACCAGCUCAUUUUCACACACCUUCAACUGAGUCAGGGGCCAGUGGUGAGUCCAGCACUGACUUGUGUUCCUCGAAGCACACAGUGUCUCAGCACAGUCCUGCUGAGUUACAAUCAACUGAUCUCAGGCAAACUGGAGUGGUUCAUGGUUGACCUGGAGGAAAGAUGCCCUUCCCAGUGACACAAGAACAACUUCAGUGGACUCAAUGUUCUUCACAAACAGGGGGAUGAGUUCAACUGGGGGCCUCAGGUCACUAAAAGAAGGAUGAAAAUCCACCAGAGCAAAACAACUGGAGUGAUCUGGAUUUUCCCCUCACCUUGUUGCCUUUCUCAAAAUGUGUGAAAAUACUGCUUUUGUAUAGUGUGAUUCACUUUUUAAGAGUAAAAAGUAGAAAUUCACCCUUCUCAUUAAAAGGACAUUAAAAGGAACUACAGCUGGAGAGGUAGACGAAAAUGAAAGACAGCAAUAUGUCUGCAUGAGCAUCAUGGACAAAUGAAUGUAUGAUAGAAAGGGAGUUUUUUGUAUCAUUCUACAUAAAACUAGGGAUGCUUUAAAUUUGAUUGUAGGCCUAUAGAACCAAUACAAGCCUACAAUCUGCCAAAAGGUAUCGUGUCUUUUUUGUGUAGCCUAUGGCAGCUUAUCCAAGUCUCCACUGGAUGCAAAAUGAUCAAAAUCCAAAUGAUUGUUUCACGUCAGAGGUUGUUAUCCAGCUUGAUCGCGUGCUCAGAACCAAAAAGUCAACUUGGUUGUUUGGGAUUCAUGUUUUUGUGCCAGAUUUGUUUUGCUCCUUAAAUCAGCGGUAGAAAGGUCUUGCAAAGUGGAGGAAAGCCUAUAUCCAGUCCCAAAAUAGUUUUAAUUUUAUUAUGGUUAUUAAGCAAAUACUGCUAGACAGUCCUUGCACAUUAGCUGAAUUUAAAUAAAAAUCAUAGAUACUUACACUUACUGAAGAAGAAUAAUGGAGACUGGAAUGUAUAUACCUAUCUGGUAUGAAUUUAGUGAGCAGACUUAGUUUAUUUUCAUUGCACUUUUAGAUCUUAUCCCUGUUUACAUUGUUGUUUUAAAGGUUAUUGAUUUGCUGUAGAUGUGUGCAUGUUUGUAUGUAUUGCUUUUCUAAAUUCAGGAAAUCUAUCUUAUCCUGUGAAUUUCUGUAUGUAAAUACCCAGAUUUUGCAUUUAAGAGGACAUGGUCGCUACACUUUAUACAAAUUGUGUUUAUGAUACAAAAUCGUUGCAAUAUAAUAUGCAAUAAACUCUGAUUUCAAACAUUUAA